AUGCAUGGGUCGCACCACGACGAGGAAAGCGAGAGUGACGAGAGCUCGCCUCGGAAAUAUUCGAUACAUGAGGAGCACGAGCAAGGCGACUCUCCCGCCGGACAGCGUGGACAGAGCCCGAUGACCGAGCUUGACGCUGCGCCAGCCUUCGAGUCGCGGGUGAGGUCUAUCAUCCGUGAGCACGCAGGCUCUCGAGUCUCGCCUAGCACGAUGAACGUGGGCACGGAGCAGUUGGACGUGGCCGACAACACACAGUGGCGUGGCGCCGCAGACAUGGUGUACGGAAUCGCAUCGCCCUCGCUGCUUUCCAAGGACGAGUCCUUCCGCCUCUUUGACGUUUUCGUCUCAUGGAUGGGCACUCACCAGCACUACCUCGACACAAGGUCCUUUGCUGACAAUGUCGACCUGCUCUACGCGUCUGAUGCCACCCGCAAUGAGCGGAUGCUGGAUAUCUGGUUCACCCAGUACCUUCUCGUCAUGGCCAUCGGCAUGUUGAUCGAUUGCCCUCAAAGCCUGUCUGACAUCCCUCAUGGACAGCAGUACUUCGCAGAGGCUGCGAGACGCCUGCCUCCCACCUACGAGAUGGGGUAUCAUGGCAUCAUCUCGGUGGAGAUUCUCGCGCUCGCGUGCCUCUACCUGCGGUGGUGUGACAGGAAGCACGAUGCCUAUCUGUACAGCGGCUCGGCCGUCAGGGUCGCGUUGGCACUGGGCUGUGCCCUUCCCUUUAGAGAGCAGCACGGCGUCUCGUCGGAGCGCUGCCACAGGACACGUGUUUGGUGGACUGUCUACGUCCAAGACAGGUGUCUAGCGACCACCUUGGGGAUGCCGGCGGGCACAGAUGAGCGACAGCUCAGAGCUGAUCUCCCGAAACCGACUCGUGGGUUCGAAGAUCCCUUGCCACUGAUCAUCAGCGUCCAGAUCACCCGUGCCAAGGGCGACACCAUCACCUCGUUCUACGGAAACGCCACUAUCUCACAAACAAAGCUUGUGCAGAAGAUCCAAAGCACGUUGCAAGGGUUGUACGAGGCUGAAAAGUCCAUACCUCCGCAAUACACAAUCGACUUUUCCAGCCCCCGGCUCAGGUUGACACGCACAAGCGCCUCGCUGUACCUGUCGCUCUUCCAGGCCAUCAUUCUCUGCAUCCGACCCAUUAUCUUCCAGAGAGUGAAGGACCGCAUCAACUCUUCGCGAAACAAUCGACCAGCUCUGGCCAAGUCGACCAUGAUGACCAGGCUCUGCCAUUCCUGUCGCGAAGCAGCCAAGAAAAGCAUUCGCAUCCUCUCUGCCAUGCGCGAGGACCCGAGCGUGGCACCUUUUGGCUACUUUGACCUAGACGUGGCAUUCUCUGCUGCUUUCCUCAUCGUGAUGAAGGGUUUCCUGGACACAAACGACUUUAACAAACCACCCGACAGCCUCGGCCCUGCAGCAAGCGUCCUGCAGCAUCUGGCAUCCACGGGAAACAAGACGGCUCAGCGACGGCUCGACGAGCUGAAGCAGUUCUGCUCCAACGUCUGGUCGCCAGACAAGCUGUCUGCCGAGUGGGGAUGGCUCAAGGACGCCUCGUCCGGGUCAUCCUUCUCAGCGUCCAACUCGGUCUCUGCGCAGACACCAAGUCUGAUGCUCGAGUCAUCAAGGGGCGACGGCAGCACACCCAUCACCAACGCCAGCCAGACGACGCCGGCUCUCGACGCCCUGGAGCCCUGGGGCAACUGGCAGGUCUCGACGGAAGGGUCAUUUGACUUUGGUGGCGACAUGGACCUGAGUAUGGACAUGGGCAACAUCUACUCGUGCUUCAACGACCCGAAUCUACCCCUGACGGGCAUCGAUGAGGUGGACUGGCAGGAGGUGAGCAAGAUGUUCAGCCUGACGGAAGCAUGA